AUGGCAACAGCACAGGCUUCUCAUGUGACCUGUGACCCUGGCAAUUGUCUUUUUGAUCCUUACUCUCUGGAUUCUGAGCCUGACGACGGCAGCAUGGGCAGCGUGGGCAGCCUAGUAGAGAAACAGGAUUUCUUGCCAACUGCUCCGGGAGGUCUGCGCGGCAUGCGUCAGCCAGACGGGCUGCUCCGGAAAGGAAUGUCACAGCGUGAAGUUUUUGGCUACUUGCAUGGGGGCAAACGGGACACCCGGGCUGAGAAGAAGCACCAGUCAUCUGGAGGUGGCUUUAAACGGGACUAUGAGAGUGACCGGGAGAACCAGUCCCCCGAGCGGUAUUUCCGGGACAAUCAACGGGCAGCUGAUUUCUCCAAGAGCUCCUUGCCUGAACGUGGACGCUUUGACAAGGUGAGCAAGCUGGGGGUGUGGUUUUAGGAAGGAAGAGAGCGUUUCUUGGCAGAGACUGGAAGGGGAAUGGGGUGGGGCUUCUUGGCAUAAAUCCAAUGCAUUUUCCCACCAGUAGUCCUACAGUAUUUCUGAUGUGUUGAAACAGAAAGCCUUUAGCUGUAUAUAGUGUCCAGCGGUGUGUGAUGUGGGGAUAUUGGAUUAAUGGGGUGUUCUGGAGGUCAGCAACUUGCUGUUGGACUCUAACUCCCAUCAGCCAAAGCCAACGGUCAGGGCUAUUGAGGACUGUAAUCAAACAAUAUAUGGGGGGGGCAACAGGUUCUCCACCACUGCAUUGGAGCAUAGGAUGAGCUAAUGGACCUGGAGGGACCUAGAUGAUGAAGAAGAGGAGUUUGGAUUUGAUAUCCCGCCUUUCACGCCCUUUAAGGAGUCUCAAAGUGGCUAACAUUCUCCUUUCCCUUCCUCCCCCACAACAAACACUCUGUGAGGUGAGUGGGGCUGAGAGACUUCAAAGAAGUGUGACUGGCCCAAGGUCACCCAGCAGCUGCAUGUGGAGGAGCGGAGACGCGAACCCGGUUCACCAGAUUACUAGAGUACCGCUCUUAACCACUACACCAUACUGGCUGUCUAAGAUCUAAGGAGAUGCCGUUUAUAGUGGACAGAACAACUAGAUUGGCUACUGUUGCUGUACUGUUGCUAUCGGUGGACCCUAGGAUACACUUGGCCUCAUGGCCACCAAAUUCCACAUGGUCUCCAGUAUGCUGCUGCUGCUGGCCAGGGAGUGCCCAGCCUACGUGGUCAAAGAAGUAGGCUGCCCCUGCCUGAAACUUGUUCUUCUUGAAGGCCUAUGCCAUUUAUCUUCAACAUCUGAACGAGGAAGUAGUUGAGGGGCGAUCAGUAGGGAAAACCAAACUAUAUAACGGGGCAGCAACCCUUUUUUAGACCAAGGGCUGCAAUCCUUUUGGGGCUACAUGCCAGUGUUGGGUGGGGCCAGAAGCAGAAGUGGGCAGAGCAACAACAAAUGUGAAUUUUACUUUUGUGCAGGUGGCUAGUUUCCAGGUGGCAAGCGACAAGCAUUAUCAAUUUCAAUCAAGCACACGCUGCAACCAAGCAAAAACAUUCAGGGCAGUAUUUCCCACCCCCAAUGACCAUCAGUUUAUUAAUGCAGCAGAAUGAGUACACCCAAGGCAUGUGCAAAUGGAUCUGCAUUGUCUGAGAAAACAGUCCUCUCUGAUGAGGGAGUGCACCUCAUCAUCUGUCGGGUAUCUUCUGAGCUCCGAGAGUUGGCAACGCUGAUGAACGAACAGGAGACAACAUCCCAGGCUCACCACUUUAGCUUCAGCAUCAAGUCACACAUAAUGAAAAUCAUUCCCAGUAGAUUCAUGCAGUCUGGUGUGGGGUCUUCCAGGGUAGGGUUGUUCUCUGUGGAUAGAGGUUUGUAUCUGAGAAUGUGAUUUGGCCACCGUGGGUUCAUUGCGUUGUUACCGGCCAUUGUGCACUGCCUAUGGCUACUCCGAGCAGCCCCCAUCGCAACACCAGCUUCUGCUUCUAUUGAUACUCAGAGCACUAUUAAAAGAAAUAAUUUCAUGAGCAGAACUACUUCCGCUUGCACAGUGAGACUCCCCCUCCCCACCAUGUGAGGUGUGCGCCUCCCCAGAUUUGCUCCGGAGUGUUGGGGCAACCCCUGAAUCAGAUUUGGGGGACAGGGUGGAGGGAGAAGAGGGGGAGAUUGUUGCACAAGGAGAAUUCUGUGUGCUGAUGGAAUGUUCACCUUAGCACCAUAUUGAUUUCCACUAUAGCGCUAUAUUGAAUUCCAUCCUUGAGGCAGGUCCAGUAGCGGGUGUGGCUGAGGAAGGGCGUGUGGCUUGAGAAGAGUCCCAAUGGCCAGAUAAGAGAUGUAGAGGACCACAGUUGCCCCCUAGACCUGCUGUUCUGCAUCCCUGCUAUAUAGAACCAACUCUACAAAUUGUGGCAAGAACAUGUUGACCUCCUUCCAUCCCUGCUUUGCUCAUGGGCUGAUGUACCUGCUAAUGGCUCUUGUGUUCCUUCCAGUGUCGGAUAAGACCCUCUGCCUUCAAGGUGGUGUCUGGGAAGAGCUUGUUGUCCAUGCCGGGGCUGUCAUCAGCCAAAGGCCAGAAGCUGUCCAAGAGCAACGGGAGCCUGCACACGCUGCUGACCCAGAGCAGCACCAGCAGCUCCUCGCAACGCGGCCCUCUCCGCAGCCACCUGCUGCACACCAUCAGCCUGGACGAGAGCACCAACUCGAUCCAAAGCUUCCCCACCUACACUCCCCGUUUCAAACCUGCUCCAACUCAGCUCAGUGCUUCCGUAGGCCACAUCAACCACAUUGGCGGUUCCUUAGACAGGGCUUCUCGGGGGCCACGGGACCCUUUGGCUGUAGACAAAGCACCUCUGUCUUGCAAGAGCCUCAGUCGCCUGCAGAGCUCUGGGGAACCACCCCCUCCGUAUGAACCCACAUACUCCUUGGAAGAUGUGGUGAAGCAGCUCGAGGACCGGCUGACAGAGAAGGGCAUGGAGCUCCGCCAGCUUAAGAGAAAUCUGAGUGAGAAUGAUGAUCCCUUCACACAGGUGGGUGGAUUUUCACCACAGGAUGGGCUUACUUGGUCCUGUGGAAACUACAGUCUGCUCUCCCUUUCCUCAUUUUGUCUUCUCUUUUUUGGAUCUUGCAUCAUCUUCCAUUCCUAAAGCACCCGAUCCUUAAUUUGCAUCCCACAUACAUCACUGUCAGCCAUGUCACCCUUCUCUAGGCUUGCUAGUAGCUACUUUCCUGGAUGCCUGUGGUGAAUAAGAAUGGCCUCAAGGCAGUGGAGAAGCUUUUCUAUGGAGUAAGAAAGCUGGUUGCUCCUACACUGCUUUCAGGCUUUCAAAGUGCCAUACAGAUUACUAACAUGGGUAUGUUGGGGCAGGUGGACUAGUAACAGUACUUCAUUGCAAGGCUGCUUAUUUGCAAGACUCUCAGUGUCUGAUUUCCACUCCUAUCUGGAACCAAUUCCUGCCACCAAUCUAGUCCUGAGCUACUUUGAAAGAAAGGGUGGGAUAUAAAUUUAAUUAAAGAAUUCCUUGCACAUUCCUCAUUAAGUAUAUAACAGAAAUAGAGGAAAGGAAAAAAUAGUUUACAUAGGAGAUGUGUGUGAAGUACCGUGUGUGCCAGUGGAAGGAAGGAAGGAGUAGAGCAUGUAAUCGUCGUGGUGAAGCUUUUCCACACAGAAAUGGGUUAUAUUGAAAUGCGUGUUGAUGAGGGAUCUCCUCUGUGAAGCAGACUGUAGAGCUGAGAACUUGAGCUCCAAUUUUUCUCCCUGGUCUGAUUUUAUUUAUUUUACUAUAUGUAUAUGAUCAUUGAAAAACAUCUUCUCUUACAUUGGUCCCAGCACCAGUGUCAAGGGAGCUGGACUCCCCACAGUGAAAGACAAUGGCCAAAUUGUGUUACAGGCAGGUUUAAAAAUAAUUGUGCAAUUAUGUUCAUAAAAGUGACUUGCCCAAUUGUCCCUAUGUGAAUGAUUUGUGUGGUCUAAAAUAUUAAACAACUACUUUGGGGGGCAAACUUUUCUGCUUGAUUUCCUUGAAGCAAUUCUUAGCCUCCCUAGGCUGUCAGGUAAAUGUGCUUCAUAGCCCCUUUUUGUUUUACUUGGUUUUGUUUUGAAAAUUUUCUUUUUUGUUGAUGAUGUGGAGAGCACAAUAGAGUGAAAAAGUGAACUGCCCAGAUAAUAUUGCAGGGUUUUGCUGCCCAUCCAUAUCUUCUGUUUGGAACAUGCAGUCUUACUGAGUGUCAAGCUAUGCUCUGGGGACAGAAUGACUUGGCAGUUCUGCUGUCACUGGACUGUGUUUUGUUCUACCAGCCAAGGAGUUACACAUCAUGAAUAUUGAAAAGCUGCUCCUUUUCUGAAUCAUAACAUAUGUUAAUUAAGUUUAUACGGUCAUACAUAUUCAGGUUGAUUAUAAAUGAGCUGACUUAUUCUGAAGCAGGCUAGUACUAGCCCUUCUUACCAGUCCUGUCUAUAAACAGACUGGCAGCAGAAUCUCAGGAUGUAGACUCUUCCCAGUUCUGUUAUCUGGAUCCUUUCAGAGGUAACCAAUGUGGUCUCUCUAGAUGUUUCCAUACUACAACUCCCAUCAUCCAUGACCAUUGGCCAUGCUGGCUGGGGUUGAUGGGGGCUUGGAAUCCAAUAACAUCUGCAGGGUACUGUGUUGGCUACGCCUUUUACCUUGUGAUGCUAUGGACUUAAACUGAGACAUUUAAAGAAUGAGUCCUAGAGUAGAAUAGAUUUGCCUUCCAUAGAAAGCCUGAGCUUUCUGGAUUGGGAUAUCUUUUGUACUGAGAAAAGUCAUUGAUUUGCCAACUGAAUCUGGCCAGUCAUCUCAAGGGCUGACGUAAGACCCCUCCAUGAUCUUCUCUCAUUUUGACAGAUGUAUGAGGACAAACAGCGCUUGUGGAUGGAUGAGCUGGAUGAACUGAAGCAGAUGUAUGUAGCCAAGCUGCAGCAAGUGAUGCAACAGGCCCAACGCAGCCAGCGGGCACUUCAGCUGCAGCUCUACAAAGCUCAGCAGGAAAAGAAACGGCUGCAAGAAGAGCUGGACCUUCAGCAGAGGCAGUGCGAGGAGCUGAGGCUGCAGCAGCAACAGGCAGAGCGCUUGAGCCCCAAGUUGGAGGAGACCCAGUGGGAGGUGAGUGGGGAAAACCCAUACAGAGCACAGUGCCAAUGUCCACUGUGAUCCUGGCUCUUCUUUGCUCCUCAGCAUGCUCAUGGUUCUACUGGUGUCCAUGCAUCCCCAUCUGGGAGUGGAGGCUGCCAGUUCUAUUGAACUCUGGUGUUUUUGCAAAGCAGAUCAAUUCUUACUAGACAGCUGGCAAAGUUUUUGUGGCUACUGCUUCCCUCUUGCCAAGCUGUAGAACUAAGUUUUCACAUGCAAAGCCUUACGUUCACAAUCCUAUCUGAGCAACUCCCAACAUCUCCCUUUCUCUCUGGUCUUUGUUGUUGCUUGGUUGACUUUGCUGUGGGCAUGACAUUGUCCUUUGGAAAUAUUCCAACCCUUUCCCUCUGCUGUGCUGCAGCACCCAGAAUCCAACAGCUCACUGCUUCUCUUUGUCUAGUCUUAUCCCCUGUUCUCAGCCUAAUGUACUGUUUUGACAGGUCUGUCAGAAGACUGCAGAGAUUUCAUUGCUCAAGCAGCAGUUCCGAGAUGCCCAGGAGGAGAUAGCCCAGAAACUGGGUGAAAUCUUCAGCUUGAAAACACAGCUGCGGGAGGUCCGAACAGAGCUGCAAGCCAAGGACUCGCAACUGGCACAGUUGGGGAACUCUUUCCAAACCUUGCCAGAGCGCAGCUCCCCUGUUCCUCCACGGGACUCUCCCAUGCAAGCAUGCCAGGACUUUUUGGGUUGUGAAACAGAUGACUCUAAAAGUCAGGGGAUGCAGGGGGAGAGCGCAGAGGGCGCUGAGUGGCUAUGGGGAGAAUUGCUGCGCGAGAGGCGCCAGGCCCAGCUACAAGCUGCAAACUUUGAGCAGGAGCGGAAAACUUGGCAAAAGGAGAAGGAAAAAGUCCUGCGCUAUCAGCGGGAGAUUCAGGCCAGCUAUAUGGAGAUGUACUACCGGAACCAGACACUGGAGAGGCAGCUAAGUGAGUUCCGGCAGUUCCAAGCUGAGCCCAGAAGUAUCAGCUCGGAGCCACCUUGGAUUGAAAGAGUUGAGUCCUCAAAGAUCUGA